AAAGCCGGGAGCCGAGUGAUUGAGAGACAGACGGUGAGGGAGAACGAAUGAAAGAAAGAGAAUGAAAGCAUGAAAGUGUGGCAUGUUGAAAGCUUCCUGAGAGACGUGCUGGGUGACUACUUCCUGUCUGUGUGAGAGUCUGUGUCCUCUCUGGACCCUGGAGGGGAGAAGCUCCUGCUCUCUGUGUUACUUUGUUCUCACUGCCAAAGUACCCCUAUUGUGAUAGAUUUCCCCUCUUGUUCAAUUACUGAACAACACACACACACACACACACACACACACACAAACCCAUUGACAGGUGCCUGCCACUGGUAUGUGACCAUUCCUUACAUCCCAUAAUUCCCUGUCCUGUCAAUCAUCCCACAGAUCUACACAGCACUGAAACCCAGAGAGGAAAGAAAGGAUGGUUUGACUAUACCGUGGCUCAGGGAAAAAGCUGCAUUUGGUCACAGGAGCUGUGUUCACGCCACUGACACAACUAUUUUCUGAACAAACCUCUGAUCAGAAGAGCAAGGCAGAGAUCUGGUGUGUAUCCGAGAGUGAGCGUGUCUGUGACAUACUGCACAUCACUAUCUGGUAGAGGGGCCAAUGUGUGGCAUGAGUCAAACAGGCACAAUGGAGCGAGGAAUGAAGGUUCUGCUUUGGGUUCUUUGGUCCAGUAGCAUGUUCGAUCACACAGGGGGUUCUGAGGCAGAGCGGAGGUUGUUGCAGGAUCUAUUUGAAGAUUAUAACCUGAAGGUGCGUCCUGCUCGGGUCUGGAACGAGACAGUGAUGGUCAGAGUCGGGAUGACGCUUGUGCAGCUCAUUAGUCUGGACGAGAAGAAUGGAGAGAUGACAACCAAUGUAUUCAUGAACAUGGCAUGGACUGACUACAGGUUGUCCUGGAAUCCAAAAGACUACGAGAAUAUUGAUGUUAUCCGAAUCCCCCCUAACAAAGUAUGGCGUCCAGACAUUUACCUAAUCAACAAUAACGAUGGGCAGUUUGACGUUGCUCUUUAUGUGAAUGUGCUGGUUAAUAGCGAUGGAACGGUUUCCUGGCUGCCUCCAGCUAUAUACCGCAGCUCCUGCUCCAUUGAGGUGGCCUAUUUCCCGUUUGACUGGCAGAAUUGCACGAUGGUGUUUCGCUCGUAUACAUAUGACGCCUCAGAGGUGGAUCUACAGUACGGCCUGGAUGAGGAUGGAAAAGAGAUUCAUGAGAUAGUCAUAGAUGAAAAUGCUUUUACUGAGAAUGGAGAGUGGCAGAUCUGCCACAAACCCAGCAGGAAGAACAUCCAGGAGGACCUCUAUGAAGACAUCACCUUCUACCUGAUCAUCGAGAGGAAACCACUUUUCUACAUCAUCAACAUCAUCGUGCCCUGCAUCCUUACUAGUGUGCUGGCUAUAUUCGUGUUCUAUCUACCACCAGGGGCAGGAGAGAAAAUGACUUUGUCCAUCUCUGUCCUUAUUGCCCUCACUGUCUUCAUGCUCCUGCUGGCUGAUAGAGUCCCUGAGACGUCUCUGGGAAUCCCAAUUAUUGUGAACUAUGUGAUGUUUACAAUGAUCCUGGUGACCUUCUCAGUCAUACUCAGUGUUGUGGUGAUAAACCUGCACCACAGGACCCCCAGCACACAUUAUAUGCCCAUCUGGGUGCGCAAGGUGUUCAUCAACUUCCUGCCUCCCUACCUGGGUGUGCUCAGACCCCACCCAGAAGAACCUGUACAGUUGGAGGAGCCUAAAGAGGACCCUCCCAAUGCUAAUGUUGUCUACAAUCUCAGGCCCGGAGGAGAAUAUUUCAUCCGAAAGAUUAAUCCUGAACUGAUCGCACCAUGGAGGGGAAGUCACCCCAAUAACACGGUGCAGCUGCAGAGGUUUUUUGACAGUGACAGCUACUGUCUGAUCCUGCCUCCUGAUCUUAAAUCUGCCAUCGCUGCAAUCACAUACAUGGCUGAACAACUGAAAAAACAAGAUGUGGAUGAUACUAUGACUGAUGACUGGCAGUACAUUGCCAUGGUUGUGGACCGUCUCUUUCUCUGGCUUUUCAUCAUCAUCACCACCCUGGGCACCCUCGCCAUGUUUUUGGAUGCCAGCUUCAAUCACACACCUGAGAACCCUUUUCCAUAAGUGUAUCACACACACCAGGCCAACCUGACUAAAAGCACACGCGCACACACACACACACACACACACACACACACACACACACACACACACACAGAGAGAGAGAGAGAGAGAGAGUCUCUCCACAGCAUCUGUGACCACCCAUCUGUCUCCAAAUAUCUUCCAGUAUUUGCCUAAAACCUUAGGAACAUUUUUUUUUAGUACAAACUGGAUAUUUUUCAGAUUGUAGUUCCUUCAUCACAUCAGAAGAGGGCACCAGAGUGUGAGUUAUGAGUUCCAGUCAGUGCAGUUGUUGGUACCAUACUUAUCCUAGAUUUAAUCUUGCAUGGACUCAUGAUCAAAUAAUUUUUUACUUGUAAUGCAUUCUUUGGAUUACGCAGAUCACUCACGUCUUUAUACAAUUCCUGACGUUUCUUCUACUCAUUUAAUUGUCACUGAGGUGGGUGUGUAUAGGGAACACGGUUCAGAGGAAAUCAUAUUUUGUACAUUAUGCAGUGUAUGUUUGAUUAAAAUGUGCAAUGUAUUGCUGUAGAGAACUUUAAUUUGUGAAUAAAACACACUCACCACUUUAAUAGGAAUACAUGUACACCUACUCAUUCAUGCAAUUAUCCAAUCAGCCAAUCAUGUGGCAGCUGCGCAAUGCAUAAAACAAUACAGAUACAGAUCAAGAGCUUCAGUUAAAGUUUACAUCAAACAUCAGAAUGGGGAAAAGGUGUGAUGUCAGUGACUUUGAUCGUGGCAUGUAUGUUGGUACCAGAUGGGCUGGUUGGAGUAUUUCAUAAACCUGAGGGUUUUUUUUUUCCAAUCUUCUGUCCAGUUUCAGUGAACAUAUGUCCACUAUAUCCUCAGAUUCCUGUUGUUAGCCAACAGGAGUGGAACCCAGUGUGGUUUUCUGCUAUUGUAAACCAUCCAUCUGAAGUCUUGGUGCGUUGUGCAUUCUGAGAUGCUUUUCUGUGCAGCGCAGUUACUCAGACCAGCCAAUCUGGUUAAAACAACCAUGCCACGGGCACUAAGAUCCCAUUUCCCCCAUGCUAAUUUUCAAACUGAAUAUUACCUGAAGCUCUGCAUGAUUUAAGUAUUGCACUGCUGCCACAUUAGCUGACUGGAUGAGUGCAUCAAUGAGCAGGUGUACAGUUCAUUCAUAUUAAAGUGAAGUGAUGACACAGGAUUCACUUCACCAGUUAAUCACUAGGUUUAAAAAGUGUGUGUGAGCAGGGAACAUGCCAACUCCACAUAUAAUCUAAGAAUUAGACAUGUACCACAUAUCUAAUUCUAAGAUUACAUGUGAAACAGACAUAUUCCACAUCUCUCUCUCUCUCUCUCUCUCUCUCUUAUCAUUCACUCUCCCUCUCUCUCUUUCUCUCGUGCCGUCUCUUCUAAUCUCUCUCUCAUUCCUGUCUCUAUUCCUGUCUCAGACAUAACUAUGAUCAGGAAUGCUGUGGCCUUUUUUCAGACAACAGUAUACAAACAUGAGAUUGGAAAUAAUAAACUAGUCAAGACAAAGUUAUUUAUAUCAUUCAAUUACAAGGUGCAUUUUACAAGGUAAAAUGAUGGGAAUGCAUGUCUUUAUACAGGUA